AUGGCUGCUCAGCCCUCCACUUCUACGGCGCCGGCCACGGGCCCGGCGUCCUCCGCGACUUCGGCCUCCAAUAGGGAUGCAUCCGCCGCAUCGUCGAGCAAGAUGCCCGUGCGGACAAAGGAAUCCUAUGAUAAGCUCAUGGUUGAGCGGUACAUCACCCGUGAUGCCAUCGCCGCCGCCGCGCUCGGGAGUCAGCUGGACCACACCCGAAAAAUAAUGGCCGACACACGCGACAAGAUUCAGGAGUAUCGCCAAGUUCGCACCGAUUAUCGCCAGUGGUUCCCGCCUUCACGGCUCUACGGUGAGGGCUACAAUGGCUUUGCCAAUGGAUACACAGAGAACCAUGGACCCUCCAGAAUCAUUUAUCCAUCCCAGAAGCCUCGACCCGGCCAACGGACCACGCCUCCCCUAAAGUACAAGCGCAAGGAUAUGCUCAAGCAGGCCGAGCAGCAUGAGGAGCUGGUGCCUCUACGGCUGGAGGUUGAAUGGGAUAAGAUCAAGCUUCGCGACACCUUCACCUGGAACCUCCAUGAGCGCCUGUUGGGAGUCGAGCUCUUCGCCGCGCAACUCGUCGAGGACAUGGGUCUCAAGCCUCCUGCAUCCCACCCCGUCUACGAGCAGGUGGUACAUCAGAUGCGCGAGCAGCUGAACGACUUCUAUCCCUUCGUCUACUCGGAGGAGGACGCCCUUGACCCAGAGCUGCCCUACCUGGCGUACAAGAACGACGAGAUGCGCAUCCUCAUCAAGCUCAACAUCACCAUCGGCCAACAUACGCUCGUCGAUCAAUUCGAGUGGGAGAUCAACAACCCCUCAAACUCGCCCGAGGAGUUUGCUGCCAAUAUGGCAAGGGACUUGUCGCUCUCAGGAGAGUUCACAACUGCCAUUGCGCACUGCAUCCGAGAGCAAACUCAAUUGUUCACUAGGAGUUUAUACAGUGUCGGACACCCCUUCGACGGACGGCCGAUCGAAGAUCCCGACCUGGUCGGCGCGUUUCUGCAGACCCCUCUACCCUCAGUCUUCCGACCUCAACAGCAGGCCAAGGAGUACGCCCCUUACCUAUACGAGCUCAGCGAUGCCGACCUGGAACGAAACGAGACGAUAUUCUCACGCGAGCAACGCCGGCAGAAGCGGUCCAUCAACCGAAGAGGAGGUCCACAACUGCCUGACCUCAGGGAACGGCAAAGGACGAUCCGCACUCUCAUCGUGUCGUCCGUCCUGCCCGGAGCCGCGACCAGCAUCGAGGAGAGCCGGCUGUAUAAGCGGGCUGCUGGGCCUCGAACGAAACGUGCCGUACGCGAUGGCGAGAUCUCGGACUCAGACGACAGUGAAGACUCGGCUCCUGAUUCUCCUGCCCCAUCACAAAUUACUGGCGGCACAGCUCGAACACGCGGCAUGCGCGGAGCUGCUUCGGCGGCACAGCAGAGGAUGGCCAACCUGGGCCGCUCCGAAACUCCUGAGGCCAGCGCUAUCACACAUCACCACGAAACCAGAACUUCCCGUCGGUUCCGUGAGGAGACGGAGGAGCCGGCGCAUCUGAUUGUCACGCUCAAGCUUAACCGGGAAAAGCUGAGGAGGCUCAUGAACCGCGACUAUCGCGAUCUAAGGACACCUUCUCAGACACCAGUCCCCUUCCCUCGUGCCCCUAGCGCUUCUGCUUCUUCAAGAUCUAUGCCACCGCCGCCAUCUACACCAUCUGGCUCCACCCCCCAGGCGCAUCCUACUUCGACAUAUCCUCCAGGCCAAAUAGGCCGACUACCAGCACCACCGCCUGUUCCUGGGCAGGCACAUCCCCCAGCGCCCCCGCCGCCUGAGUGGCUUGUCAACGCCCUCAAGGAAUUAGAGAAGACGUACAACGAAGGUGACAGGUUCGAGGCCAUCAUGAAAUACUCCUAUCUCGACCCCGUGACGGAACUCCCCGUGCAGAACCAACCUAUGCCCGAGGGCGUUAGGUACGCCUGGCUGCCGCGCAUCCGCUGCCUGGACUGUACUACUAAGUUGUAUACACCCGGCCCUGAUAUGACGGCCCAGAAGUUCGAGGCUCACUUGAAAUUCUCGGCGCACAAGAACCAGGUUCGGCAGCGCCUGGCACGGGAGGCAGCAGCAGCGGCGGCGUCCAAGUCUUGA